GUUGGCUGCAGCAUAACAAGCAGAUACGAUAUGACGAUUAUUAAAGAAGUGAUAUCGUGCAGCAUUAUCAAACCUGCUUCCCCCACGCCCCUCAGGCUCCAAAAAUAUGAGCUUCUUGUUCAUGAUCGAAUGACACCGGAUUUCUAUAUUCCCGCUAUUUAUUUUUACCCGAGUCCAGAACAGAAUCCAGAAUGGAAUCCAGAACAGAAAGUGUCGGGUUUGCUGAAGAGGUCUUUGUCUAAGGCGCUUUCGAAGUACUACCCGUUUGCUGGGAGGCUGAGUGCUUCGGGAUCGUUUGUUAAUUGCAAUGAUGAAGGAGUUCCUUUCGUUGAAGCGAGGAUAGCGUGCAAGUUAUCCGAGAUGGUGGGGAAUACUCCGGAUAGAGAUGAGGAGAAAGGCUUUGGUGUUCUGUUUCCUCCUGGGGCGGUAUGGGAAGAGGUGUUCUGUUCUCGGUUGAUGCUGGUGCAGCUUAACAGGUUUUCGUGUGGGGGAAUUGCGUUGGCAGUGAGCCUCUCGCACCGCAUUGCUGACGGAGUCACGAUACUGUCGUUUUUGAGCUAUUGGGCUGCUUUGUUGCGUAAUUGUAAUGAUGAGGGAAAAGUAGGACAUCUUGAGCCCUGUUUCGUGCAGGAGGUGCUGCCUGAUGACUCAUUGCGUGGUAAUGGUUCGGUUGUGAUUCAAUUUUCGGCUCCCAAGAAGAACUGGACUACUAGGGAGGUAGUGUUUCACAACUCAAAGAUCGCGCAGCUUAAGGCCUAUCAGGUGAUGCAGGACAGGAAACGCGGGAUAAUGGAUGAUCAGAACUACACACGAAACGAGCUUGUCACUGCACUGCUGUACAGAUGUUCUGUAGCUGCUGCAGCUGCAGCAGACUCUGGAAUCUGUCCUCGAACUGUCUUGUUACAGCCCGUAAACAUGAGGAGUCUAAUUGAGCCCCCUCUGCCUCAAACAAGUGUGGGCAAUCUUUUUGUUUUUAAUCACACUUCAACGAGUACAUUGGAGGAGACGCGGUUUAAUUCCUUGGUAGCCAAAUUGAGGAAAGGGAAGAUGCAGCUGAGAGGAAUCAGGAGUUUACAUGGAAAAGAUAAGUUGCCACUGAUGGACAAGUAUGCAGAAAUGAAGUGCACCAAGCACUAUUCUAUUAGCAGCCUCUGUAAUUUUCCCUUAUACGAUGAGAUGGAUUUCGGGUGGGGAAGGCCUGUUAAAGCUAUCAUUGUAGACACGCCGUUGGUUAAUUCAUUCAUGAUGAUGGAUACUCCAAGCAAGGACGGGAUUAACGCCAUUAUAGCUUUGGAGGAUGAAGACAUGAAAUAUUUCCUUGCUGACAAGGAGCUGCUUGCUUAUGCUUCUGUUUAGUAUUUUAUCAGAAGAUCUGCUCUCUUAGAGCAUUUCCAUAAUAUUUUCAUUGUUACAACUUCAUUGUGUUGGAAACUUGACUGUAAUAAACAUUAGCAUUUCAAGUUUGUGAUUAUAUCUUAAUGAUGCAAUAUUCAUUUGCUCAUUAAGGUCUAUGUUACAGAAUGAAUUUGCUUUGUAAACUAUGCAUUUGUAUCUUAUCUUUCUAUCAAGACCGUGCUACGUGGCUUUCUCA